AUGGAAAAGGCAGAAGAUGAUAAUCUACCAGGUCUUUUACUUUUAUUAGACUUUGAGAAAGCUUUUGAUACUCUUGAGUGGUCAUUUAUAGACUUCGCUUUGUCUUUUCUAGGAUUUGGUCCUAUUUUUUGUAGAUGGGUCAAGACCUUAUAUUCAGAAUCUCAAAGCUGUAUUAUAAAUAAUGGACAUUGCUCUCAAUUUUUUAAUAUUGGGCGGGGUGUUAGACAAGGUGAUCCUCUAUCUCUAUAUCUCUUUAUAUUAUCUUUAGAACUUAUGAGUGCUGCUCUUAAAAAUAACCCAGAUAUAAAUGGUAUGAAAAUAAAUGAUUCUGAGUAUCUACUAAGCCAGUAUGCAGAUGACUCGUGUCUCUUAUUAGAUGAAGAUGAGCAAUCUUUAGAAAAAUGUUUAUAUACUUUAGAAAAAAAUUCUGAGUGUGCGGGACUUAGGGCUAAUUUUGAUAAAACUGAAGCCAUAUGGAUUGGGUCAAAGAUUCACUGA